AUGCUAGAAUAUAUAAAGACUCUAGUCUUAAAUAUAAUAGUCGCUUCCCUUUCGUUACCGAUAAGUUUUGCAACAGAGAGCAAGAGAAAGGAGACUAAUGGAGAUGAUGGCAAAUGUGAGCUCGUGGGUACGUUCUCUUUAUUAACGCAGGCGUUAUUGGGCCUUUUAUGCCUUUCAUCCUUAAUAGUGAAAAGAUAUUAUGAAUAUCCAUUGAGAAGAACUUGGCCUGUAUGGCUAUUUGAUGUAUUGAAGCAAGUCAUAGGUGCAUUUGGGGUACACGUUUUUAACAUCUUUUUGUCCAUAGUAAAAACAAGAAAGGACGACAGCUAUUCAGUAAUACGAGGAUACAAUGGAUUAGAUAAUUCUGAUGAUAACUCGGAAGGUGAUCCUUGUGAUUGGUAUUUUUUGAACAUUGUAUUCGAUUGUACUAUAGGUGUUUACAUUUUAUAUCUUGUUUUCAAAGCUGCCAACCAAAUAUGUAAAAAGAUGUUUCAUAUGACUCAGAUAGAGUCGGGGAUAUAUGGUGACGAUCCUCGGAAACCCUCAUAUAGAGCUUUUUUCAAGCAAUUGGCAGUAUACUUUUUAUGUCUUAUGGUUACGAAGCUUAUCAUAUAUGGACUUGUCGAGUGUUUCGAGUCACAAUUGUUGUGGUUUACCAGUCACUUUCUACUCGUAUGGCUAGAUGAGUAUCCUGACGAGUUUGAAAUAUUUAUAGUCAUGUUUGUGGUUCCUGUCCUUAUGAACUGUCUUCAACUAGUUCUUAUUGAUAAUUUCAUUCAAAAUCAAGUCCUUGCGAAGGCUAACGAGCGUGUACACUUUGACUACGAUACAAGUCCGAGUCAAAGUAAUGCUGCAAGAGAGGUGCGAGGUUUGUUGAAUAGGAGCAUUCCAAAAAAGAAUGUUAACGGAACCAAAAAACUGUAUAACGAAGAGGAUUCUCUGUGCACAUAUGGAACUAUAGACAAUGUUUAG